GUAGCAGCAGUACAUUUGGUGCACGUUGGUACAAGCUUGCCUCUCCUCGCUGCUGCCUUUUGCGGCUGGUUUUGCAUAAGGGAGCUCCUCUCUUUCUCCUCCACUGUUGUGCUACCUGAAUUCAUGGCUGACCAGGUGUCUGCCGUGUGUGAGCAGCUCAUUAAAGCUGUCAAUGUGAUGAUGGACGCAGAGACAAACCAAAUUUACCGACUGGAGGCCCUAAAGUUUUAUGAAGAGUUUAAAGAGAGAAACUCCUUCUGUGUCCCAUGUGGCCUGCAAUUAGCCGACAAAGCUCAACCAGCUAUAGUUAGACACUUUGGUUUCCAAAUUUUGGAGCAUGUCAUCAAAUUCCGAUGGAACAACAUGCAACAGCAAGAAAAAGUCCAGUUGAAGGAGUGUACCAUGCAGCUGUUAUCAAAUGGCACGUGUUCCAUUUUGGAGGAGGAGAGCCACAUCAAAGAUGUCCUGUCCCGAAUCACAGUGGAAAUGAUAAAGAGAGAAUGGCCUCAACACUGGCCAGAUAUGUUGAAAGAGAUGGAGGCUCUCACGAGUCAAGGGGAGGCACAGACGGAGCUGGUGAUGUUGAUCCUGCUGAGGCUGGCAGAAGAUGUGAUCACCUUUCAAACGUUGCCCGCUCAGCGACGCAGAGACAUCCAGCAGACGCUCACCCAGAACAUGGAAAGCAUUUUCAGUUUUAUGAUAGCAAUUUUGCAGCUGAACGUCGAGGACUAUCGUAGACUGAAAGAUGUACCUGGACAGGAACUACAGGCCAGAGCUCACUGUCGCGUCGCUGUGGCCACACUGAAUACACUCGCAGGCUACAUAGACUGGGUGUCCCUGGUGUACAUCACCUCUGGAAACUGUCACCUCCUCGAGAUCUUGUGUCUUCUGCUGAGUGAGUCGGAGCUGCAGCUGGAGGCAGCGGAGUGUCUGCUCAUCGCCGUCAGCCGGAAGGGAAAGCUGGAGGAUAGGAAGCCAUUCAUGCUGCUGUUUGAUGAUGUGGCCAUACACUACAUCCUUUCUGCAGCACAAUCGGCAGAUGGACUGGCGUUACGUAAGAAAUCCACAGAUUCGAAAGCAGUGGAGGUGGUGGAACGGCGUUAUAUCUUUCUGAAGAGGCUGUGUCAGGUCCUGUGUGCCCUGGGAGGACAGCUCUUCUCAUUAGUGGGUUCGGAUGUCGAGGUUGAAAUACCUGCAAAUCUCAGCAAGUACAUGGAAGCUCUUUUGUCCUUCACUACACAUUCCAGUCAGUUCUUGAAGUCGUCCACUCAGCCCACGUGGGGCGCUUUGUUCAGACACGAGACGUUGUCAAAGGAACCGGUCAUCAUUGACAUGGCCGUCAAAUACCUCAAAUCGUGUAUGAUCAACCUAGUCAAGACUGGAUUUCCAUCGAGAGAAGAUAAUCCAGCUUGCGAGUACUCCCGUGUGGACUUUGACGGCGACGAGGACUUCAACUCCUUCUUUGUCUCUUUUCGAGCACAUCAGGGAGAAGUGGUACGGAGCGCGUGUCGCAUUGUUCCCAUGGAGGCGUUUCAGAUAGCAGCAGAGUGGUUACAGUACCAGAUUUCCAGCCCCAUCGAUAUUGGGGAUACCACAUCCAAGACUGGAGAGGGCCUGUGUUCCCUUCUGUCUCCGUCUGUGGUCCAGUGGGAUGCAAUGACCAUCUUCAUGGAGUGCACAGUGGCACAGCUCUUCAGAAGUCACGGAGAGGAGAAGUUGCCGAUAGAUCGGGGCAUGGAGCUGCUGCAGGUCGUGCUCAACUACGACUCCAAAGACCCGCUCAUCUUGUCCUGUUUGCUCACCAACAUCUCUGCCCUCUUCCCGUUUGUUGUACACAGACCACACUUCCUGACACAGGUCCUAUACAAGCUAUUUAAAGCCAUCACAUUUGAGGUUGGUCAGGACAGUAAGGUACCUCGAACCAGAGCUGUGAAGAACGUGAGGCGGCACGCGUGUUCUUCUAUCAUCAAAAUCUGCCGUGAUUACCCACAGAUCAUCCUGCCUUGUUUUGACAUGUUUUACAAUCACAUGAAGAAGCUGUUUUCAAACGACGCCAUGCUGACUUUCAUGGAGAAGUGUGCGCUUAUAGAAGCUCUGGUGCUCAUCGGUAACCAGUUCAAAGACUUUGAAAAGCAGAAGGCUUUUCUAGACGAACUCAUGGCAGUAGUGGUCACAGAAUGGACCUCGGAUGAGAUGAGGCGAGUACUGUGGGAUCCUGCCAUGUUUCUGUCGUAUGUUGGAGCCGAUCAGGUCGUCACUGAGCAAAGUACAGACGCAGACACGGCAGUUCUUAACAGGGGAAAGCUGAGUUUCUGUUUGAACGCCAUGUUGGGGGUGGUGAAACGGUCACGGUGGCCUGCAGACCUGGAGGAAGCCAAGGCUGGUGGCUUCGUGGUGGGUUACACACCUGCUGGAGCUCCCAUCUACAGAAACCCAUGCUCUGCCCAGUUUCUGCUCUUGCUGCCCAACGUGUUGGCUCUCAUCAGGACUCACAACAGUCUGUUCAUGCCAGAGAACAUGGCUCGUCUGAGUGAGACCUUUUCUCGUGCCCAUGAGGUGAUGGAUGCAGAGAAGAAUGUAGUUCUUGGUCUCUCUCAGCAUCCUUUGGAUUUUUACGACUCUCCAGUUUAUCGGUCCAGCCUGGAGCGCAUGCAGGGGUUUUUCUCCACAGUUUAUGACAACUGCUUCAACGUCUUGGGAAAUGUUGGUCCGUCGCUGCAGCAGGAAUUCUACACCAUCGAGGGGUUGGCUGAAGAAAUAGCUGGCUCUGCUUUUGUUUCUCUCGACCAUGUGCCUGACCACAGACUUCGCCCUAUGAUUCGGGUGUUUGUGAGGCAGUUGGUGCAAUCGUGUCCUCAGGAGUACUACAACACUCUCCUCUGCCCCCUGCUGGGCCCUCUGUUUGCCUACAUGCAGCAGAGACUCAAUGUCAAGUGGCAGGUCAUCAACCAGAGAACCUCUGUGAACGAUGAGGAGGAGGAGGAGGAGGAGGUGGUGGUGUGUCAGGAGAGCCAGGUGACACAGGAGAUGUUGGAGGAGCAGCUGGUGCGUCUGCUCACCAGGGAGGUGAUGGAUCUUCUCACUGUGAGCUGCAUUUCCAGAAAAGUGCCUGAAGCAGCAGCAAACAAGGAGGAAAUAGACGAGGAGGAAAUGAUGAUGGAUUCGGUGCAGACGUCGUCUCCUGCGCAGCCCACAGAGGAGCUGAGCGAGCUGGGAAAAUGCCUGAUGAAACACGAGAACAUCUGCAUGUCCCUGUUGACCCUGUCAUUCGCCUCACUGUCAUGGAAAGACACCACUAACUGUCACCGCACAGCUUCCAUGGUCUGUUGGACCCUUCUGCGGCAGGUCACAACAGGUAAUCUUCUUCCUGAGGCGGUCACGUGGUUCUACACCAGCGUUCUUAGAGGCCUUCAAAUUCAUGGGCAGCACGAAGUCUGCAAUACCACACUCUCUCAGCUGGCCAUGGCCAUCUAUGAAAACCUGCGGCCUCGUUACAUGGAGCUCAGGACUGUAAUGACCCAGAUUCCCAACAUCAGCGUGGAGGCCUUGGACCAGUACGAUCACCGGCUCAUCGACCCCAAUGCCCAGAAAGCUGGAGACAAAAGGAGGAAAGACCAGUUCAAGAAGCUCAUCGCAGGAACUGUUGGGAAAGCCCUGUGCCAGCAGUUCAGGAAGGAGGUUCAUAUCCGGAAUCUUCCAUCGCUCUUUAAAAAGCCGAAGGCAGACAAAGAUGUAGCGAACAAUGAAGAAGCUUUGGGCCUGGCAGCUCUCUUCUCCCCAAAGAAUAAUUCCCUGUAGGAACACACAGCAAAUCGACGACAUACUGACUGAAGAGGGUUUUUUUUCCACUAAUUUUUAAAAACAUUUCAACCAUAAUAAUAAUAAUAAUAAUAAUAAUGAUAAUGACAUGCCACAGCACCACUCACUGUUACAUCAUUUCUCACUUUUACAGACGAGAUUUAUACAGAAAAUCCCUUUUAAAUCAUGUUGCAUACUUCUGCUUCACCUUUCCUGUACAUAUUGUAAAAGAGGUUGUAGAAAAGAAAAUUAUCUUGGGUCUUUUUAAAGGUACAGUGUGUAAAAUUUAGCAACAUUUAUUGGGAACGUUUCAUGGUGCAGCUGAAUAUCACUCGCCUCACCCGUGCCUUCAGUUUAGGGCUGAAAUGAUUAUUAAAUUAAUCUUCAACUGUUUUGACUAUUGAUUAAUCAGUUUCAAUGUGUUAUUUUAAUAAUUACACUUCAUAGAAUGCAGAAUAUUUUCUGGGUUUUUUUCCGUAUAACAAAAAAAUGAUUGAAACUGAACAGUUUUGGUUUGUGGACAAUGAGAACAUCAAGGUUUGGCAAACAUGUGUCAAAAAUAGGAAAUAAUCAUAACAUUACAGCUACCAGUAGAGCUGACUUGGCUCCUCUUGUCAAUAUAACAGUGCAUACAAUCAAGCAAUUGUAUACUUAUCUAGUACCAAAAAAUUUAAUAAAAAUACUUUUCUCUUCAAUUUGUACCAAAUUAAAUUUUCACGUAAAUUUUACACACUGGACCUUUUAAGGAAUUGUCUAAAAAUAGCAAAUAUUUGCUCUGCUAUGCCACAAAUGGACCUUGAUUCUGAAUUCAGUCAUUUUAUUUUGUGUCUUUUUUUAUGUCAUUGUUUUUGAGCGUUGUUUGCCCAGCACCACACACCACCAAGCUUGUCAUAUACAUGUUGUAAAUUCAGAGGUCGGUGUUGACUGUGAUGUGAAGUGCGACACUGAUGCUGCUGUUAAGUUCAUGGUCAAAAAGUGAAAUAUGGGACAAAUCCUGGCACACAUUUGUUUAUUUACAGUCAAUGGACAAGCUUGAGUUUAGGUUUUGUUUUUUGUUUUUUUUCAUGAAGCUGAAGGAUGUGUUCAUGGUACCUCAGGUGAGACGUUCCCUAAGAUGGGGUGAAAAUAUUUAAUAGAAACAAAUUUCAAGGGAAGGAAAAAAAAAAGCAGCUGGAUUAUAUUUUUAUGAGUGGUCAAUUAUGAACAACAAUUGUCUUUGUUGCACAUGUUACGCUGUAGUUGGACAAAGCAAUGAUUUGCCUGGUCUUUAUAUUGACACGAUAUAAGUACCGAGUACUGUUUGAAAUUGUUUAUUUAACGCAGAGCACAUAUCAUACUACAAAUGCUACUGGUGCUUUUUGUGCCAUUACACUCUCAUAAGACUGGAAAAACGACGACACAAACUAACAUGUGUCUUUAAGGAAAAAGUGAUGAAUUAAGGUUGAACUAAUGAGUAGCUUAAUCCAAGUUUUUAUGUUUCAUAACUAUUCACUUAGUGGUGAUCUGUUUUUAAUGUAUUAUUUUGUUUUGUGCUGGUUGUUUUGCCAGACACGAAGAAGGAAAAAAAAAACCCUGAAUGAACCAACACUACAUUCCUGUUUUGUCCAAGGUAUUGUUUUUAAGCUCUAAGGGAGCUGUCAAAGUACAUCAUGGUGGUUAUGAAAGUAUGUUUUGUGUGUAUUCAAACCAAAUAAAAUGGAUAUUUUGUAGAUGUGAUUUUGUUUUGAACAGGUUCACACCCUUCUCACCAAAAAGUGGAACAUUUCUCAUUAAUUUUCCAGUGAGGUGAUUUCCCUGCCUUUGUGAUGAUUUUUUUUUGACAAGGCCGUUUGAAAAGAUGCUUGUUCAACACUAAGAUUUUCCAGUACAGCGAUUUAUUUGGAAAUAGACUUUUCAAGUUUGUGGUGUGGUUUGUAUGAACUUUGUUUUAAAUAAAUCAUCUUUUGGAUUUUGAUUUAGAGGAAGGACAUUGAGAUUUAAAUGCUUUAUGUUGACAAAUUCACGUUUUGUUAUGUCGUUUCAUUUUGUAUAUGGUUGAUUUGAUGUUUUGCAAAUUAAAUUGUGGCAGUAAAUAAAUCACUGAUACCUUAAGAAACGGG